AUGAAGACCACUUGGAAGGACAUCCCUCCUGUCCCAACUCAUCAGGAGUUUUUGGACAUUGCCUUGAGCAGAACCCAGCGCAAGCUGCCCACACAGAUUCGUGCUGGUUUCAAAAUUGGCAGAAUUCGAGCUUUCUAUACCCGCAAGGUCAAGUUCACGCAGGAGACAUUCUCCGAAAAAUUCAGCUCUAUUCUCGAGACUUUUCCCCGACUUCAAGACAUUCACCCGUUUCACAAGGAUCUUCUCAACACCCUAUACGAUGCCGACCAUUUCCGCAUCGCCCUCGGUCAGCUUUCCACCGCCAAGCAUCUGAUUGAGACCAUUUCCAGAGAUUACGUCCGUCUUCUUAAAUAUGGCCAGUCUCUGUUCCAGUGCAAACAACUGAAGAGGGCCGCUCUUGGUCGCAUGGCCACCCUCGUCAAGCGCCUGAAAGACCCUCUGCUGUACCUUGACCAGGUUCGCCAGCAUCUUGGACGUCUGCCGUCCAUCGAUCCCAACACCCGCACCCUUGUCAUCUGCGGCUACCCCAACGUCGGCAAAUCGAGCUUUCUGCGCAGCGUCACCCGCGCCGAUGUCGACGUUCAACCAUAUGCCUUCACCACCAAGAGUCUUUUUGUUGGUCACUUUGACUAUAAAUACCUACGCUUCCAGGCCAUCGAUACCCCCGGUAUUCUGGACCAUCCCCUUGAGGAGAUGAACACCAUCGAAAUGCAGAGUAUUACUGCCAUUGCCCAUCUUAGGUCGGCUAUUCUCUACUUCAUGGAUCUAUCCGAGCAGUGCGGUUACUCUGUCUCUGCUCAAAUUCAUCUUUUCAAAAGCAUCAAGCCUCUUUUCUCCAACAAGCUUGUCUUUGUCGUCAUCAACAAAAUUGACGUUGCUCGUCCUGAAGACCUUGAGCCCGAGCUAAAGGCUGAGCUCGAUGCCAUUCUCAAGCCCGGUGAGGUUGAGAUGCUUCAGCUCUCUUGCAACACCCAGGAGGGUGUUCAGGAGGUCAAGAACGCCGCCUGCGAGCGUCUCAUCGCCGAUCGUGUAAACCAAAAGCUCAAGGCUGGCACCGCCAGCAGCGGCAACAUCGGCGGCCGUCUCGCCGAUGUCAUGGCCCGCAUUCACGUUGCUCAGCCCAUGGGUGGCCAGAAGCUUGAGACAUUCAUUCCCGAUGCCGUCAAGAGCCAGAAGAAGUACGACAAGGAGGAUCCUGAGCGCCGCAAGCUUGCCAGGGACAUUGAGGCCGAGAACGGCGGUGCGGGUGUCUACAACGUCGACAUGAAGGCGGAUUACCUGCUCAAGAACCCCGAGUGGAAAUACGACAAGAUGCCUGAAAUCUUUGAUGGCCAAAACGUAUUUGACUUUGUCGAUCCCGACAUCGACGCCAAGUUGGCUGCUCUGGAACUGGAAGAGGAGAAGCUCGAGGAGGAAGGCUACUACGAAUCCGAUGAGGAAAUCGACGACGAGGAGGAGAGCGAGGUCCUACGCAAGGCCGAGCUCAUUCGCGAGAAGCAGCAGUUGAUCCGCAACGAGGCCCGCAUGAAGAAGAGGCUCAAGAACCAGGCCAUUAUCCCGCGCAAGAUGAUGAAGAAGCCGCUGUCCGAGUUUGACGACGCCCUCGACGUCCUCGGCCACGAUACCACAGAGUUGACGGAGCGCGCCCGUGCCAAGUCGCGUCCCCGCGGCCGCUCCACGACUCGCAGCCGCGCCGGCACCGAGGACGCUGACGCCAUGCAGGUCGACGAUCCCAAGGCCCGCCUCCGCUCCAAGAGCCGCCCCGCCAGCCGCGUGCCCGCGACGAGUCGCCGCGAGGCCGGUGUUGAGGACGAGGGCAAGCGCUCCAAGGCCGACCGCAUCUCCAAGCUGAACCAGCGUAGAAUGAACAGAAUGGCCCGCCAGGGUGAGGCCGAUCGUUUCAUCGGUACAGCCAUGCCCAAAUAUCUCUUCUCCGGAAAGCGCGGCAUUGGCAAGACGGACUGGAAAUAA